GUUAGAUGUUUAAGGUAAAAUAUAUAGUAUAAAUAUGGUUGUUCUUCCAUCGUCACCAGUGUGGUAUCAGUCUCGAGGUAUAGAUACCUCACAUAAUGGAAUUCUUGCAUUUGGAUCGAGAAAUUUGGUAUUUUUAUUGGAUUUGACACAAAAGAGAGCUGAAAUUUAUGGUAUACUAAGUGGCCAUACCGACAAAGUUACAACAUGUUCUUUCUGUCCUGCUAUUGGUCAAGAUCAAUUACUCCGAAUUUCAUCUGGAGCUGAUGAUUGUUCCGUAAAAGUAUGGGAUGUUCGACAAAAAUUAAUGCUUCAUGAACAUUCUGCUCAUGGAAGCAAUAAAAUCAUAUCAGUGCAUUGGUCUCCAGUAAAUCCAUCUUUGAUACUUUCUGGCGAUGAGAAAGGAUUUGUCGUCUGUUGGAAUUUGGAUAAAGGCAGCACAGACCGGUUUUAUCCAGAUGGAAGUAGUCAGAUGCAUCUUGGAUGUCUUACUUGUUCACCUCAAAAUGAAAACAUUGUCGCAAUUGGUUAUAAAUCAGGAGCAGUCUCAUUGAUGGACAUAAGAAGAAAUGGAACGGUCAUCAAGAAACUGAGAGGUCACACUAAUGAAGUACAUUCGAUUGUGUGGUCGCCAUUUCAAGAUGAGAAUUUAGUGUUCUCAAGUAAAGGGCAGAAGGAUGAAGAGGAGAUUGCCGUAAAUGGGUACAAGACGCAAGAUGAUAAUGGAAAAAUUUUGAAGAGUAAGAAAUACUAUCUACCGGGAUAUGAGGGUGUUAUUGCGACUGGUAGUAAAGAUAAGACUAUCAAACUAUGGAGUAUAAGUGAAGGAAAAUGUAGAAGAACAUUGAAGAUUCCUAACACAGUCAAAAAGGGCCGCAAAACAAAUGAGGAUGUUGCACGAUUAUAUUCUGCCAUACAUUGGCCGCAAAAUUCAAAGACCAAAUUCAUAUCAUCUGGGUACAAUGGAGACUUAGUAGUUUGGGAUAUAAGCCCUGCAGCAGAAAACUUAUUUGAGGUUUUAGCAAGUCAAACUCAUGAUGCCGGUCACCAUCGAAUAGUCUUCAACAUUGCACAUGGCUCAAAUUUAUCAAACUCCAUUGUGACUACGUCUAUGGAUAGACAAUUAUUGCAUUGGACUAUUCCAUCCGAGUCUGCCAGUGCCAGUCGCGGCCCCGAUUGGGUUUUACCCACUUUGGGUGGAUUUGUAUAUUCCAUAUCAGUAUCACCUAAAGAUCCGAGUGAUGCAGUAGGUGUGGGGGAUGGAAUGAUCAGAGUAUGGAAAAAGAGUCCUAAAAGUGCUUAUGAUAUUACAACAUUAUGGCAGGGAAUAAAAGAAAAGGUUAUGGCACUUGCAUGGCAUCCUAACAAAGAAGGUUGUCUUGCUUUUGCAACUGAAGAUGGAAAGGUCGGCAUAUAUGACACACUUUCGUUGCGACCACCUGUUGUGGCUGAAACAUAUCACAUGAAACCGGUGUAUGCAUUGUCUUGGGGCCAAAAUGCUCCCCCAAUAUCAACAGCUACCAAUAAAAAUAAAAACCUUCAUUUAUUUUCGUGCGGCGGUGAUGGAAAAAUUUUACAACAUAACCCAUCGAACAUGUCCAAAGAUGCCGUCGAUAUUGAUCAAAUUAUUUCAAGUUCAAAUUCAUCUCAUUCUCCUGGUAAACAUAGUGAAGUAUCUUGGAAUCAAGAUGAGAGUCUGCUUGCAAUUGGAAAUGACAAUGGAACAAUAAACAUCUACCUCUCACCGCAUCUCGAUCAUAUAUUAGAAAUCAAAAGUCAUUCAAAGAUUGUAAAUUGUGUAAAAUGGAGACCUAACGACGAAGAAACUAACAAUAAGUUUCUUGAAAUUGUCACUGGAUCCAAUAACUCCAUUAUUCACGUUCAUGAUUUGAAGAAAAUAUUCUUGGAAAAUGAAUACACACUUGGUAAUGAACUAGAAAAUCCUAUAUUGGUAUCAAAACCACAUCGAUCACUUGUCGGACAUUUAUCAAGAAUCACUGGAUUGUCAUAUAAUCCUAGAAAUACGAGUCAGAUUGUGUCGUCUUCAUAUGACAGUACAGCACAGGUAUGGGACACAGAAACAGAAAAGCCGUUGCAUAAUUUCCGAGGGCAUCAUGGUCGUCUCAUGUGCGUUAUAUGGAGUUCUGUUAUUGAUGAACAAAACCCUGAAAAGUCAAGUGGAAUCAUUUAUACUGGUGCUGAUGACUAUACUGUACAUGGAUGGUAUGCUGAUGAUCAACAACAUACUGAACCAGUAAAAGCGCUUCCUGAUUUUGGGUUUGGUCCAAAAAAUAAAUUUCAAAAUAAAAAGAAAGGAAGAAACAAAAAAACUCAUCAAAAUUCAACACAACCAACUACAUCAUUGCAACAGAAUACUGAUACCACUGUUAAUGGAAUUGGAACUGAGUCACGUGAUGAGGCUUCAAUUGACUUGAAUUAUUUGUUAGAGAAGAAAAAGGCAGAAUUGUUGGCAACCAUUAACUGCGACCUUCCUGUGCAAAAAAAUGAAAAUGUAUCUGUAGAAACAAAAACAUCACCAACUGGGAAAAUGUCACCUGGAUCAAAAUCAAGUCCAGCGACUUCGAGGAUAAAGUUGGUUUCAACACAGAGGUCGGAUGGAGCUAUGAUGAAAAAAUCUGGCACACAACCUGAUGAUGAUUUGUUUGGAAGACGCAAGAGAAGACUGAAAAAUAUGUUUCCACAAUCUGUGACAAUGGACAAUAGAAAAAAGUCGGAACAACAUCAAGAUUGUAUUAAAAUAGUUCAAUGGAACACUAAAGAUCAAUCUGACUCUAAAGACAGUUUAUUGUUUCUACCUGGUUCUUCUGAUAAUAUCAAUUUAGGUUUUUAUACUGACAGGAAGGCUGCCUUUAGGAUGAUGAAAAACGAAGCAGACAAACUUCAAGGGGAUGAAAUUACUGAGGGAAAUUACAAUCUGAGAAUUUGGAUGGGUGAUAUUGUUGGUACCAUUGAAGAUGCAAAGGAAAAGAUGCAACUGACUGAUCAACUGGUUGCCAUGGCACCAAUUGCUGGUCAAGCAUUCUGGCGUAAAACCGCCCAUGCAUUCGCGAAACAACUAAUUGCAGAAGAUCAUCAUUUACAUGCAGUACAUUAUCUCUUAGUCUGUGACAAAGUACAAGAAGCAAUACAAGUAUUAUUAGACAGUCGACAUUACAGAGAAGCAGUUGCACUUGCUAAAGCUCGUCUUUGUGAUGAAGACCCAUUGUUGAAGGAAACAGUGAGAAUAUGGGGACAGAAGUUGAAAAGCGGAGGAUCAGUUGAACUUGCUGCAAAGUGUUUUGCUGCCAUAGGAGAUUUUAAGGAGGCGUCAGCUUCACUCGCUCAGCGUGCAACUUCUGGUGCAUCUACAAUAACUGAUAGUGACGUAUCAUCAUUGUGGGCAGCAGCAAGCGUAGCAAAAACUGCCAAUGAAGAGGUAGUUGCAUCUGGAUAUGCAAAUAGGGCUCUUCAAACAGUUUGCCUUCGGACUUGGAACUGGUUGGAAAACAACGAAUUCCUGUCAGCAUUCCAUAAUUUAAAAGCUUACAGGUUCAUCUCUGUUGUCCAUGAAAUAUUGGUAUCAAGAUUAAUCAGGAAAGCUGGUUUAAGGGAAUUACCUACAACAAGAAGAUCGAAUUGGAAUGGACCAGAUUUUUAUCACAAAGACUAUUCACUGCCAUCAGCAUUUCACAACAUAUUGUUCCUAGCAUGGGGAAAACAUGCUGAAGAGAGUGGUGACAGUAAUGCUUCAAUCCUGAACGAUUUCAAUUCAGAAACCAUUAUUCAAAUUCAUAAUGAAGCAAUGCAAUAUCAACAGGAUAAUCCAACUGAAUCAAGGAUUUCACUCCAGGUUGCCGUCUCGCUUGCUGCAGCGAUUUGCACUUCACCAACUAUGCUGAGGAAACAUGUCGUUGAUUCUGACAGUAUUUCGGAAAAUAUUUGGAUAAAACAUGCUGUUCAUACCGCAGUUUUGUUGUCAAAAUCACAAACAAUAAAUACGAAGAUCUUGAUAGAAAUUUUAUCCAUCCUAUGUGAAAUAAUAUCAUGGAUAAAGCCAUUGCAUUUUGAGGUUGCGAAUGGUGAGGCAGAAUGUUCAAAAUCAAUUUUAAACGGUGCCGCCGAUUUGAAUAUAAAUGUAGAAAUGAUGGUAGCGUCUGAUGAAAAUAUUUUUGAUCAAAUGUCUUUGCCAUAUUCUGAAAUCAUAAAACAUGGUGUACAUUUUCUUUCAACUCCUGUUACUGAUAUAAGUGGGGAUUUGUCAAAAUUUCUGAAACGUUUAUUAACUGAAUAUCAAACCGGUUUUGUUUCAUAACGCUUACUUUUUUGUGUAGUUGCUGCUUAUAAUGACCUUGUUCAGAGUAAGCUGCAAAACAACGAUCAAAAGAAUCCACUGCAGGUCUUUUUUAUACUGUUUGAUAACGGCAUUAUUUGGCACUACUACUUUGUGAAUAAUUUGGAAAAUAAAAUGGGUUUCAGAAUUGCUUGCUUUUAUGAAUCUGUGCAUUUCUGCAAUAUAUCGACUUUACUGGCAAAAGAAAUGCAUACCGAUCUGGAAGUUUUUUGUUGUCAUUUUAUGACAUAUAUGAAUCCCCUAAUGCUAGGUUUUUUGCAUGUCGAUUUGAUAUUCGUUUGCUACUUCAAUUUAUUUGUCAUGUUCAUGAUUAUUAAUCAGCAAAUGAGCAAUGCUCCAAGGGCGCGGAAUAGCGCUGGACAUGAUUUUCAUUAUUUUACUUUUAGUUGGCCUGUUGUUGAGCUACGGUGUGCAAUCAGUGAAUUUCUCGCGCUUAUAUGAUGCGAUCAAAACUUGCAAAUGGCUUGAAAUUGAAUGAGACUACUGGGUAUUGUCAAAUUACCAGCGAUGCUUAAUGGUAAUUUCGGUUAAGUGUUUGAAAUGGGAAAAAUAUUACUGACGAGGUGCCAUUUAGGAUAGAAUUUACAUAUUUAUCCCGGUGGAGAGGAAAGCCGAUAUUACGGCUUGACCAUUUGGCAAGCCACGGCCUCCCGUCCGGUUACCAUUCCAUGUCGGGUAUGGGAUUAGUCUUGAUGGUGGGGGAAAGCCGUAACCGAGAGCGAUCCUCAAAUAUAUGGACAUAAAGACCAAAUCGAAGCAGUCGUCAACUUGACCUUUACAGAACCGGUACCGUCAAGAGAGAGAGUUAGAAAAACUGUUACAAAUGAUUUGUAUCAAUUUCGAAAUGGUCAGCGCACAAAAUUUCCGAGGGAAAAACGAAUUACAUAGAGCCCGCAAAACGUUAUGAAAUAAACAAAAGUACUAGCUUUCUAGGGGAAAAUAUAACUCAAACCACUGAAAAACGAUUCAUUGGUCCACUUCUUCGAAUGGCUGAUUCAACAUUUUUCCUCUUUUAAAAUGAGACCUUUUAUAUAGUAAGAUUGAUUGCUAAAUGAUUUUUA